CUUCGUCAUGCGGCCUCUCGCUCGGUCGUUGAUUCGUCCCUAUGUCUGUCCCUCUUGUCGAUCGGGUCGUCUGCCGGCUCGGAGGCAAUUUGCGUCGGACGCCCAGGUGACUCCCGAGAUCUAUGAUGUGGUUUGCGUCGGAGGGGGGCCUGCCGGCCUCGGUCUCUUAGCUGCGCUCCGAGCUUCUCCGGCGACUUCGAAACUCAAGGUUGCGUUGAUCGAGACCCAGGACCUCCAGAAGGCUCGCGCAUGGAACCUCGAUUCGCAGCACUUCUCCAACCGAGUCAGCAGCCUGACGCCGUCGUCCGUCUCGUUCUUGCAGAAAAUCGGUGCUUGGGAUCAUCUGGACCAGGACCGCGCUCAGCAAUACCAGGAGAUGCAGGUAUGGGAUGGGGAAACGGGCUCCCGCAUCUCCUUCGACUGGUCCAUGGAAACGUCGCCGUUCGAGGACCUGCGCACUGUCGCAACCAUGACGGAGAAUUCGAAUCUGGUUCGCGCGCUUCUGUCGCGGAUAUCCGCGUCGGGCGAUGAGAACGUCUCCAUUUUCUCCAACACCACCGUCUCGUCCAUCGACAAUGGCACGGACCUUCCCGACGGGCCGGAUCUGUCGGCCUGGCCGAUCCUGUCUCUCUCGCCGACGGGAGCCGCACCAUCGCAAGCACCGUCGCGCAUCGCGGCCAGAUUGUUGGUCGGGGCCGACGGAAUCAACAGUCCGGUUCGUCGGUUCGCUGAUAUCUCGACCGAUGGGUGGGACUACAACCGAAACGGCGUGGUCGCGACUCUGUCGCUGGCGGAGCAGGACCCGGUCCCGUUCCCGCUUGGCACAAAGACAGCCUACCAGCGUUUCCUGCCCUCACUGGGCGGUCCCGUGGCUCUCCUCCCCUUACCCAACAACCACGCGACCCUGGUGUGGUCGACCACAGCGGAGAACGCCGCCUAUCUCAAAUCCCUGGCCCCCAAAUCGUUCAUCGCAAUGGUAAACGCAGCCUUCCGGCUUGGCAUGCCGGACCUGAAAUACAUGAUGGGCAUGGAGAAGCCUACAUCGUCAGACGUCGACGAUCAGCACGAGAGCGAGUUGUCCUGGCGCCUGCAACACACGCCCCAAUCCGGCCCACAGCCUCCACUAGUGACGGGCGUGCAAGAAGGAAGCGUAGCGGCCUUCCCUCUCCGGUUCCGCCACGCCUCCACGUACGUCUCGCCGCGGGUGGCCCUCGUCGGCGAUGCGGCUCACGUCAUCCACCCUCUCGCCGGACAGGGCCUCAACCUCGGUAUGGGCGAUGUAGCAUCCCUGGCCCGCACCCUCGAUUACGCCGCGACCCACGGAAUGGACGUCGGCGACAUUCUGACCCUCGAGCGGUACGCCGCGGAGCGGUACACCACCAACGCCAAGAUCGGCGGCGCCUGCGAUAUGCUCCACAAGUUGUACAAUGUUCCGGGCCAGGGACCGAUCGCUUGGGGGCGGAGUCUGGGUUUGGAGGUCAUUGAGCGGCUCCCGUUUGUCAAGGGCUUGCUGAUGAGGCAGGCGGAGGGUUGAACCACUGCCGUCCAUGAGGAUUCUGCUGUACGUUAUAUGGUUUAUUAGUGUGUGUUUCGAUGCAGUUCUGUGCGUAUAGAUAGAUAGAUGUAUUAUAU